AUGGCCUACUACCGUGAACAUGUUUAUCUGUUUUUCUUCGGAAUUUGCCGCCUUCUCCAGCGCCGCAACGUGCUGGCGCAGCUUCUGCCUCGGCUGGCCCCCCACGAGAAUCUCAACCCUCUUCCCAAGGCAUCUCCCCUUCCCCCUUCCUCUUCCUCUUCUUCUUCCUCUUCUGCUCCCUCUUCUUCUCGCUCUUCUCUCUCUUCUCUCUCCUCCCCCUCUUCUUACUCUUCUCUCUCUUCUUCAGUUGCCUCACGCGACGAGGGACGUAGGAGUCGAAAGAAGAUCCAACCGAGCCUUUCUAGCUCUGAACCGGCUCCGCUGUCUUCCUCCGUACCUCGCCCUCGAGAAGAAAGCGAGCCUUGCCUCUCUGCCCCGCUUUCCGCCUUCGCACCGAGUCCCCUCGUUCCCUACGAACUCAACUGGGUGGCUGCCGUGCGUCUCUCGCGCCUCGCGCGAAGCCUCAUUCGCCAGGGUCGGCGGGAGCUCAGACAAAGAGAGAAACCUCGAGGGGGGUCAGUCUUUUCUUCUCGCACCGUCUGUUCCCCCUUCAAACUCGAGUCGGCUGAAGUCAUCGAGCAGGCCUCCCAGGCACUCCGCUUAAUUCGCGCGUGUCAGCUCGUUCGCCCUUCCUGGCUAUGCCGCACCUUUGCGGAGUAUCCUCUGCAGAAACAGCUGGCGUCUUUUACAGCGGAACUUGCGGCCUCCUUGGCGGCAUCGUCUACGUCCUCUUCCCCUCUGACUUCGUCGGCUGCUCCCGUCGCUCGAGACACCUCACCGGCCGAUAGCAGACUUGCCACGCGAAGAGACGCGCUGCAUGCGGCGCCCGCCUCUCUGGUUUCGGGAGGGGGGGACACAGUCCCAGAGGGAAACAGCAACGGAGAAGAAACAGAACCAGAGCCCCGAGACACGCGCCUCAUCCAGGAGUUCCAACGCUACACAGGAAAUCUCCGCCCUUUCGGCGAAGCGCCGGCCGACAAGGCAAUUUUGCUCAAGGCCGAAGCAUUUCGAAGAAAUGUCGCUCGGCGUCUGUACAGAACGGACGCGCUGCGCGUCUCCCUGUCGGCGCUGGCACCUGCCUCGCGCGCGGCUCUGGAGGCGAUCUACACGACGAAGCAAAACUCUCUCCUUCUUCGUCCGGGGAAUUUCGAGAAAGUCGCGCAGCUGCUGCCGUCGUGGGAGUUGAGGCAAGCGUGGACGGCGUUUUGUUUUCCGUCUUCACUGGAGCUUGCCUCAGAGGAGCCCGAGGCGCCUGCAGCUUCUGCGUCCUUCUCCGCUGCCAAAUGUACACCCUUUGGCCGCUCUCAGCACGCGAAGCGAGAAGCCGCACGGGAACGACUGGCGAAGGAUCUCCUCGAAAUUCUUCAGCUUCAACAAGCGCAAGCCCUCCGCGAGGGAUUCCCGAGUUGGGGUCACAAGCAGCUGGAGGCCUCCCUGGCCUUCUGUGCGAGAGCCGGAGAGAUAGUGGAGGCACAGGAGACCAUCAAGACACCGGAGACCGCGGAGACACCGGAGACCGUGGAGACAGCGAAGGCGAACGGCGGAGAGCGCAGGGGAGCUGACGGUUGUCGCACGGAUCUGGGGACAGAAGCGAGAAGAGCAGCGACGGAGCGAGCGGCUGACGCCGCGCAGGAAGGGGGCGCCACGAGAGGCCGGGAAGGGCCCUCGGGAACGCGCGACGAGGGAAAGCGUGCGGAGGAGCGAAUUCAGCGAAUUCACCGGCUUUUCAGGCUGAUUCAAAGGGAAAUGAAGAAAGGCGCACGGGGCGUCGACGAGCUGGGAGAGGCCGUCGAAAGAGCCGUUGCACGCGAGCGGCGAGAACGCGAAAGAGAGGCGAACAAACGCAGAGAGGCCUCCCCGGGCCUCACGUCUGUGGCGACGGCGCCGCUGGCGAAGGGCGAGAAGAAGAAGAAAGGAAAGGAGAAAAUCGACAUCGCCGACUGGCUCUUCGCGGCAGCGAAAGUUCUCAAGCGGUCAGGAGCAGACCUGCGUUCCAGUCGCUUUUUUUCUCUAAACGAAACCCUCCCGAAGCUCGUCAGCUUGACGGAAGAGGUCUACGGCGUCCGGCUUGUCUCCCUCCGGGGGAAGGCGUGGAAAGGCUUCGGCAGGUCCUUCGUCGGCAUGCCUUAUCUGAGUGAUGUUUUCGCCGUAUUCGAUAUCGAUGCUGCCUCUGCUUCGGCAUCUACUUCCUCUACCGCUUUGGACUCGCUUCCUUCCGCCAGACUCCUGGACUCGCUACUGGUUUCUGCCUACGGUCCGCAGACUUCCAUCCUUUCUGGCCUUCUUCCUCAGGCCUCUCAGUCGCCGGUCUCUCUGCUGGCGCCCGUUACGCCGCCUUCUCGCUCCUCCUUUCGUGGGUUCCUUUACUUCUUACCGUGCGAGCCGCUGCGCCUCUCCCAUCACUUCCGCGCCUGGAGCCGCGACGCGCCGCUCUUGCCCUCUGCCUCGCUCGUCGCCCCCGGCCACGCCUUUGCCUUUGGGCGCUUGGCGCCAGGGCCUGCAGGCCCAGAGGCAGACCGACCUAUGACUCUGCAAGAGAUGGACAUUCUCCUGCAGGUUCUGACGAUGGGUAUCAAGGCACUCCUCUCCGCGCCGGGAACCGCGCCUCCGUUUGCGUCCUGCGGAACCGAAGGAAAAACACCACACCGAUCGUCUGCCUCCGAGGCGCCUCCGUCGUCCCCUCCAUUCGCUCAGGCACGCAGCGACGCGUCUGGAGUAGCCGCCCCAGCCAUUCGCAGCCGUUCGUUGGAGCAAGGCGAAGGCAGAAACGAGUUGCCCCAGCGAUCUCCAGUGGCAAAGCAGCAACGCGAAUCUCUGGGGGCAGUCGAGGCCCUACUGCGGCGAUCAAAAGAGGUCUCGCCGUGCGCAUUAACUGGCGACAUUGUGGCCUUGACUGGCCAACUGGAUGUCCCACUUCCUCUGGACGUCCAGCAGUCCUUUUGUUUUCUUUCAGGGCUUCUCCUGCAAGAGGCGUCUCGCCUCAAGGCACUCGCGUUCGAUCCCACAGCCAAGGGCCAGGCGAAGCGAAUGAGCGACGACGAGGCCAGAGGUCAGAAGCCGACGAUCGUUGACUUUUUGAGUCUGAAUGGAUUUUUCGUUCACGCCUUCCUUGAUUUUCAUCUCCAUGUCACCUUCAACCCACGAGGAGCAACCCCGAAGUCCCUCGAAACUUUCAUUCGCGACAAACUAGAAAGCGUACUACCCUACAAGCUGCCCGAGAGCUUCGACAUCUUUUCACUUCCCGGUCUACAGAACUACAACGCUAUCCUAUCAGGGACUGGUGUUUCGUAUCUCCUCGGCCAAAUCGGCGCCACGCUCCUUCUGAAAGAGCUCCGCAGUCGCGAGAGAAGAAAAGAUAAAAGUUCUCCUGCCUCUCCUGCUCGGCCUGUGUCUGGGAAGCAGUCCAGCUCCGCUUCUGGCUCACGCAGAAAAGAGGACGGAGAGACAAGCAAACGCGACAAAAAGAAAGAAACCGAGAUUAGAGAUUUCCGAGAGAUCAAAAGCCUCUUCUGGUACCCGGAGCGCGCCUGCACAGCCACCUCGCCUCGUGCAGAGAGCCAUGAGGACAAAGGGAAAGCCUGGGGCAUUGAAACCGAUGAAAAAUUGCUCAAAGAGGGAAUCAAAGAAAUCAUCCAAGACGUCUACGGCGCCUCCGAAGGGGGGACGAAAUAG